GCACUGCCGGUCACUACAGCACCGAGCAGGCUGCCUGUCUGCUAGACCAGCCACGCCAUCCAUUUAUCCUGACGGGAUUCACGGAUGUCUGGGCUCGCACUGCGGGGUUUGGGUUGUGUGGAAGCGGACAGUUCGCGCGCAGAGGCGUCGGUGGAGGACCAGGGCUCUUCCGUGCAGUUUGAGCGUUUGCAGGAGCGUAUGUCUGCUCCAGGAGGCUGCGCAGACAAGAAAGGCGAAGCAGCAGGAUUUCACACAGCAGAGUGCACAUAGGGACACUCAGGAUUAGAAGCCAAAUUCUGCACUGCAGUGGAUUUUUCUCAGGUGUGUGUGAGUGUGUAUAGGAGUAUGCAGGCGUCUGAUCUGACAGAGUACUAAGUAGGCUUUGUUCACUUUCUCGUUAAAAUCGAAAGAACCUGCAGAAGCUUUGGGGAACAUCUGGAGGUUGCCCCGUCCUAGAAAACUGUGCCACCCUCCAGUUUCCAGACCACCUUGCCCCCCUCUGCCUUUUUCUUUUCAAAUCACAGGCAAGGUGUGGUGGCUGGUAAGUGGUCAGCCCAUUUGGAGGCCACAGACUGGUGGAUUUAUACGACGGAUUUUUGAAGAACUGCAUGGACAUUAAACCAAAUCUACAUUUUAAAGCAAAAGGCCAGCUGGUCAAUUCAGCUUCACUAUACUUGGAGGACUUACAUUUUUGUAUAAAGAAGGUUGGACAUUCCCUUCAAGCUUUUGUAGGACUAAGCAAAGGUGUCAAAUUUCACCUCAGGGAUCAGAUUUGUAUCAUUUUUCACUGUGUCAUUCAAGUCAGCACGAAACAGCAAAUCUCAGGCGGCUUUACAAGUUGGACAGGUUGCGAUCGAGUUUCACCUCAGGGAUUUUUUAACUAACAGUUUCCUUUUAGUAUUUUUCCAAGACAUUUAUUUCAUUUUCAACUCAGCAAAUCUCAGGCAACACCUUUAUUUUUGGUUUUAAAACAGUCCUAUGAGCUCCUGUAACCAUGGAAUCCGACAGUUUCCAGUACCGGGUGCUCUUUGAAUACAAGCGGGAGCGCGGUGAUGACAUCAGCCUCCAGAUGGGCGAUCUGCUCACUGUCCAAAAGGCAACACUGAUGGCCGUGCCAGGACUGGACUACCAGGAUGGGGACGAGCGGAGUCCGAGAGGCUGGCUGCACGGCACCAACGAGAGGACCAAAGAGACGGGAGACUUCCCUGGGACUUUUGUGGAGUACAUCGGGUUGAGAGUUGGCCCUCCUGCAGCCAAAUCCUGGCCCAGGCCUGUACCACCGAUCCCCGGGGGGCCACACACCGAUAUGGGGGCUCAGCCUCCUGGAGCAGCUGCUGCUUCAGGCGUGGAGGCGGAGCCUCUCUCUGAACUGGCACCUGUGGUUGUUUGGAGACUCAUUGAUGCCAUCGAGAAACAUGGAUUGAACAGUGAUUCUCUGUAUCGAGCUCCUCCAGCCACCAGUGGACCUGCAGAGCUGCGGGAGGCUUUGGACUCAGAUCCCCUCUCAGUGGACCUAGACCAGUAUGAUGUGGUUUCUCUGACCGAUGCUCUCAGAGGUUUCCUGCAGGAGCUGCCAGUCCCCAUCAUCCCUGCCGCCGUCUACAGCGAACUGGUGUACACUGCUCAAGAGAGUCAGAGUGUGGAGGAGUGCGGGGAGAGGCUGAAGAGGAUCCUGGAAUGUCCCAGCAUCCCUCAGGCCAACCAGCAGCUCCUGGUCCACCUGAGCAGACACCUGGCCCAGGUCAGCCAGCACCACCAGUCGGGCCCCCGUCUGCUGGGACAGGCCCUAUCUGAUUCCGUCUUCAAGCACUCUCCUCUCAGUGCGGAUGUAAACCCAGAGCAUCACGUCAGGAUUUUGGAGGCUAUAAUUGCAACAGGAGGUCUCAUGGAGAUACAGACUGCACCAGCUCUUCCUCCAAAACCAGCAAAGCCACAGCAGCCCUCCUCAGUGGGGGGGGUUGGGGGCAGCACCAAUGGCACCAAGGAUGUAGGAGCAGGAGGCUCGCUGCAGGAAGCCGAGUGGUACUGGGGAGACAUAUCCAGGGAGGAAGUGAAUGAUAAGCUCAGAGACAUGCCUGAUGGCACUUUCCUGGUGCGGGACGCUUCCACAAAGAUGCAGGGAGAUUACACGCUCACACUGAGGAAGGGGGGCAACAACAAGCUGAUAAAGAUCUACCACCGGGACGGGAAAUACGGCUUCUCCGACCCGCUGACGUUCAGCUCAGUGGUGGAUCUCAUCAUUCACUACAGACACGAGUCCCUGGCUCAGUACAACACCAAGCUGGACGUCAAACUCAUGUACCCCAUCUCCCGGUUCCAGCAGGACCAGCUGGUAAAGGAGGAUAAUAUUGACGCCGUGGGGAAGAAGCUGCAGGAAUACCACAAUCAGUACCAAGAGAAGAGCAAAGAGUACGACAGACUGUACGAAGAAUACACCAAGAUGUCACAGGAGAUCCAGAUGAAGCGAACGGCCAUCGAAGCCUUCAACGAGACCAUCAAGAUCUUCGAGGAGCAGUGCCAAACGCAGGAGCGCUACAGCAAGGACUACAUCGAGCGCUUCCGCCGCGAGGGCAACGACAAGGAGAUCGAGAGGAUCAUGAUGAACUACGAGAAGCUCAAGUCCCGGCUCGGGGAGAUCCACGACAGCAAGGUGCGGCUGGAGCAGGACCUGAAGACACAAGCCAUGGACAACCGGGAGACGGACAAGAAGAUGAACAGCCUGAAGCCCGACCUCAUACAGCUCCGCAAGAUCAGGGACCAGUAUCUUGUCUGGCUCAAUCACAAAGGAGUUCGUCAGAAACAAAUUAACGACUGGCUUGGAAUCAAGAACGAAAACACUGACGAAGGCUACUUUGUGACCGAGGAGGACGAGAACUUGCCUCACUACGAUGAGAAGAGCUGGUUCGUCGGGGACCUGAACAGGACUCAGUCAGAGGAUCUGCUCAUCGGGAAGCCGGACGGAGCAUUCCUCAUCCGGGAGAGCAGCAAAAAGGGCUGCUACGCCUGCUCUGUAAAUGUGGAAGGUGAGGUGAAGCACUGCGUCAUCUACAGCACGCCGCGGGGCUUCGGCUUCGCGGAGCCCUACAACCUGUACAGCAGCCUGAAGGACCUGGUGCUCCACUACCACCAGACCUCCCUGGUGCAGCACAACGACUCGCUCAACGUGCGCCUUGCAUACCCCGUCUACGCACAGAUGCCCUCCGGACGCAGAUGAACCCCACCCACCUGGCCACAACCCCCACAUAGACAAUAAACCAACCCCCUCCUGGGGAAGGAAGAACGGGGAGAGUGAGUGAAGGAAGGAACAAGGGAGGGAGGGGGAUUGGUUGAAAUAAAAAGCAACCCCAACACCAGACCCCGUAAAGAUAGAAACAAAUGAAACACUUGCUGCAACACACACGUCAGCCACCUUGGAGUUAUAUAUUUUUACAAGAACUAUUUCGGAGGGCAUUCUUUCUAAAGACUGCUUGAUUUGCACAAGGAAGUUUUAAAUGUUUGUGAAUGUGAAAAACAAAUAAAUAAGCGACUGAAGGAAGGAAAGAAGGAAGGAAACGGAGUAGGAGACUUCAUAGUUUCAGUUUGACCCCGCUGCUACCUACACUCCAGCUCAGACUUUUUACCAGAAACUACGCGAACGACUACGAAGGCGACAACAAAACAUUCCCAAAACCCCAUUUUGUUUAGUUUCUCCCGUUAUUUUUGUUUUAGUUUGCACCUCAGAUGAUUAUAUUGCAACCUUUUUGUUUGUUUCUGGAGUCGUUUCCUUUUGUUUCUCAUAGCUUUGUUUGUGGUAAAUGCAAGAGGAGACGAUGUCAAGUAUCUGUCCUGUCCCUCUCCGUACGAAAAAAGCAAAUAUAAUGUAGCAUAACGAGACAACGGACACUUGGUUUUAUGAAGUGUUCCUCCAUGUAGACUGCUGCUGAAGGGUUUAGGGGGAUGGGGAGGGGGGGCAUACGUGACAAAACAUAGUUUUGAAGUCUUAAAGAAGGACAAAAGGCUUGCUUUUAUACUAACAGUAGAGGGGUUCUUUUGUAUUAUUUCUGCUUUGCUGGAACAUAGUUGAUUUUUUCCGUUAUUUCUUGCCAAUGUGUAAAUGGCAAUGUCACAGAUCAGAACCAGAGACCAAAGUUGGUGUGGAGAGGGAGGGGGAGGGCAAAGAGUCAGCUAGUGUGUGUUUCUUUAAGUUUUUUCUUUUCUUUUUGUGAAUGGUGAAAGGAGUGAAGAAAAGCAAACGAAUGGUGUGUUUGAGACCACACAUAAAAACCGAGUUUUGGGCCACGUGCUUGUGCACCAAAUAGCCUUUUUUUGGAAAACCAAAUGGUACGUAAACAGAGAAAGCCAGGACCUUCUGUAAAUACAGAUGGUCAAGAAUGAAGCACUUAAACAAGUCCCAUGUGUGACCUCAGCAUUCUGGACCUGUUCGAAUAGUAUAGUUAUUUCUCAGUUUUCAGUAUUUACUGCUUUUUGACCGUUUUUAAGCAAUUUACUGACAUUGUAUAGACUCAAAAGUCAAUAAUUAAUAGAGAAAAUAUGCGUAACUCAGUGUAAUAGUUUUUUCAAAUUCAUUAUUUUCUACCAACUCACGGCUUGAGUGCUGAGGUCACAAAUGUUACUACACUUAAACCAGAAAAUAAAAGGUUACAAAUGGUCCGUUUCACCCAAAUCAUCCUUUUGAAAGCUUGAAGGAAGUGAACUUGAAACCAAUUUUAUGUGUGGUUUAAAAAGAGAGUGAAAGAUACUUACAUGAAUAUAUGCUAACGACUAUGGGUUUAAAAAACUGGGACUGUUUGUGUUUGUGUUAAAAACCUUCAGAAAUAAUAAGCUUUGAUAAAAAAAACUUUGUCUGCAAGACAGAGAGCAGGUAGACGGAGGCGAUGUCUCGAGCAAAAGGCGCAGGCUUUAGAAGAAAAAAACUGAAAACUUGAAAGAACGUGCAAUCUAGCGUUGUGUUUAUGAAGUCCAGCAGAGCGGCGCACUAGGAGAGAUAAUCAAAGUGCACAGUGAAGCUUUUGGAGGGAAAUUCUGUCUGACUUCUCCAUUUCCUCUUUUUUUUAUUUUGUGACAAUUUUGUUUUGUUUUUUAAACUCAGAACCUAUUGCCGGUGCUUGUCUUUACAACCAGUGGAAGCAUUUUCUGUCAAAGACUAAAAAGCAUCACACAAUAAAUAAAUAUCUUCAAAAACUGAAGAGAAAAACACAACCCAGUUGCAUUCUAUUUUUCCUUGAAAUUUGAAAUGUGCUGUUACUGAUUGGUUGUUGGGACGAAAAUAAUGCCCACCCAUUGGCUGUUUUUGUUUUGGAGAGGCAUCUUUUGAACCAGGGUCAGCGCUGGGUCCCCGGACAGUCUGAUAAUCUGCAGCUAUUCAUAGAAUGAAAAGCUAGCGAGUAAGGGCGCUGAUACAUCGACCCCGUUUUCUUUUUUCACAGGAUAACGUUUUUGUUUGGGUCUAGCAAAGAAAUCUUACAAAAGACACUGGUUACAAAGUCAGACAGAGCACCCUCCCCUCUGGUUGUUUGCAGUCUUUUUCACAGUAUGAUAAGCGGAGUGUAUGGGCUACACACACAGGUACGUCUGCAGGAGCGUAUCAGGUUGUAGGAAGAGGGCCAUUGUUUGAGUAUCUGCAGAGGAGUCAUUGUGAGUGAAUGAUACAACCUUGGUUGUACCCACCACAUGUUUAUCUACACCCCCGUCUCUAUGUGCUCCUCAACAGUAGUAACCCAUGACGGUAUCACCGUUAUCUACCCCCACACCCUUGAUAAAGUCGGCUCACAUUAGGUAGAUGAGUUGGGGGAGGCAAGGUUUGUGGACCUGAAAGCCAUUGAUAGUAAGCGGUCUCUCCCGAAUCAGACUGGGUGUCCCUAAAGCCGGCAGGAUUCAUCCGAUUUGGCCUGUUCUCAGACUACUGUCCUGUCAUGUAGACCUACAAAAUAAUGCAAAGCCUUUUUAGAAAAUGUUGAACAUUUGGCGUAAAAAAUCAGUUAGUUUUAGUCACCUAGGAUUACACAAGUAUUCCAGAGAAUUAUCUUGUGUUUUAAAGAAUGGUUAGCCAUUACAUUCCAUCACUACUUCCUCUAAUCCAUGCAUUAACAGAAGCACAAUUGGCAACAUCGGUUUGUCUUUUUAAAGAAACUGAAGUUUAAAUAUGGAAAUGGAGCAUUCCAAUUAUUUUGGUAUUAUCUUUCCAAAUGUUCCAUAUUUCCAUUACUAAAGAGACAGAUGUUCGAAUGGACAUAACUUGCAAGUUCCUAAAAUAUAAAUGGGAAAACAAAGUUAUAUUAAAAUAAGCUUCACUUUGUGAAAGCAGUGUAAACAGGCUAGAACUGAAUUGAAGUAUCAAACUGUUUUGAUUUUGAGAACAGGCCAAAUUUGGUUGAAUUGACCCCAGAGGUCCCGUUCUACCAUCCAAGUAGAAAGCUAAAGCAGGUUUGGAAGAACAAAGACGGUCUCAACACUGUUGGACAGUCGCAGCAUAAAGGAUGUUGGAGGCGUCGGCUGUGUCCCAUUUCAGUUGUAUCUGCCUCCGAAUUGGGACCCAGCCUUUUUUGGCGUGUUGUAUCUGUUGCUGUCGACCAGUGAUGGCGGUCUUUGUUCUUCCUGUUGGACUAACAGGGGACAGCAAGGCGGGGAUUGUUGAUAUCAUCUUGAAUGUACAAACAGGAUCAGUCUGGGUCUAAAGCUUUUUUCUUUUUUUUCUUGGUAUUUUCGAAGCACCAGAAAUCAUGCUCACAAGAAGAUGAUCAUAACGCUAGAGGUGCUAUCGAAAAUGCAUGCCUGUUCGAUUUGGCAGACUUCUAACGUCUCCUUCACAACGUUUCUGGUCAUUUACCCUCAGGUGUUACACGUUUACCGUAGAAACGACCACACAACAAAGCCAGCUAUUUAAAAAAAUCAAUAAACAAAUCAGGGUUUUUUCAGCAUUGAUACUUAAAUCACUCUCAGUCGAUUAAGCUAGUUCCCCACGACUUUGGUUUUUGUAGUGUCCGCACUUCAGGAGACUUGUCCCUCGUUGCUUACCGUAGCUUAGACACAGCAUCAUCACCAAAAGGAUGUCAUAGUCUCUCCUUUCCCCCCCCAUCACCACACAGUCUCACGUUUUUUUUGUUAUUAACAGACUUUGUUUCGGGUUGAACACAAAACCCUAACUUUAUUACUUGAACUAUAUUGCAUUGCUCACUGUUGAAUGUCUUUAUAUGAAAAUAUACAUUUAUUAAAGAAAAAAAUAACGAAGAGUUCCCUUUUGUUUUAUGGUGAGCAGGGCCAUGGUUUUUAGAGUUUUAUGACAAAUGUACAGUAUUGGUUACAGGCAAACGUAGAGCUAAUUUAGGAGGGAAAGAGGCGCUUUUUUGAAACUUCUCAGAGAUAUGUUCGGAUCUUUUCCUUCACAGAGGGCUUGUCUGAAAUUGCACACCUUAUCAUCUACAAGAGACUUGUGUUAAUAUUUACCUGUGAUAUCUGCAUUUGCAUCAGGAGUCACAUUUACACAGAGAUGUCGUAUCCAUCAUAUAUAUAAAGCUAGAAAGAUAAUACCGUUUUAAGGGUCGUUUUGAGUUGUAGUCGCUGUUCUUUGACUGUUUUCACCCCCCCCCCAAAACAUUAAGACCAAAGAUUUCAGUUCCUGUUAAACCCCUCAGUUGUCCAUCAUUGGAAAUGGAUGUUUCAGUGAAGUUUUUAUCUCCAUUGCCUUGAUAAUAUCACAACUCAGAAGAUAAAACCAUGUUGUGUGAAUGAGUGUCCCGUACAGCUAGCUAGGAUUGUUGGUUGAUCUGUUCAUUUUGUGUUAAAAAUAGUUUAAACAGGUACUUUUUGUGACACGUCAGGAAGGAUCCAUCUUUAGAGUCCUUGAUGUCCCAAUGUAAAAAUCUAUCAGAUUUAACUUGAUCUGCACUCUUCCGUUGAUGUGCCGUUGGUAUAAACGGACUUCUGUUAAGGAUUUAGAAGGAAAAAAACAACCAAAAGUCACAUCUUUGUCACUCAUGCUACUUCAUAUUUUUGCACAUGAUGACCAUAGCUGGAGUUUAGCUUGGUUUGCCAUCUGAAUAUUUUCUAUUUCUGGGUUGAAAAUGUCCUGCAGAAAUCUCGUGAACAAAGUAGUUUGUGGGGUUUUUCAGAUUUAGUUUUGUUGUAAUGCCAGUGUUUCCCACAGAAUUUUAAUUGCUACAGGAGAUACGGAAGGUCAACAGGAAAAGAAUAAGUCUUGUCCGUUUUGUAUAAUGAUACAUUUAACACUUACAGAUCUGAGGUUUCUGCAGGACCAUUUUCCUUUGUAACUCACUCCACACAACAUGCAAUAUUCCCUUUUCUGUCAACCAGGGGUUCGUGAUAGAGGGGCCAUGAUUUACCUCAGGUGCAUCGACCCCGCAGGUGUUUCUGAAUGGGCAGGGGUUCACUCGUAGUAGUACUAAGGCAGAGAGACAAGCAGUUUAGGAACGUUUUUGGACAAACCAAAAUAUCUGUUUUGUGAAGUUUCCUUUUACAGACUGUUUAGUUGGAUUUUCACUUUGGAAAACUCAACUCUAACUCAAAUAACUCCAGGAAAUAGACUUAGGUUCACUUCUCAGAAUAUAAAGGUACAUUCAAACAAAGGUGCGGUCUCUGUAACAAAAAGGUACAAUAAGUCUAAUGUUACCUUUAUUUUUUAUUGUGAGUGUUAAUACUCACUUCCAUGCCAGGACUGUUAAAAUAGCAACUGUCUGUUGUUUCUCUACCACAGUUAUUACUACCAAUACUACUACGCGCCCUAAAGCAGUUCUGCAAAGUUUUAUUUGCAGCCAGGUUUGAAUAUGUUUGAUUCUCUGCGAGGAGUCGUGUUGUUCUUACCACUGCUUAUCUGAUCACAGUACCCAGCACAGCUUCGAGGAGUAACAGCUUCUUAUAUAUAUGAAAAUAAAGAACUUUUUAAAAAACUACAACUUUGAAAAAAGAAAAAAAGAUUUUUUAAAAAGUGUGUAUGACACCCCCACCUUCCCAUCCCCAAAACCUCUUUUACCCCUUUUUGACAUACGUACAGAUCCGGCAUGCAUAUUUGGUACUCUUGACUGUUGUUUUUGUUGUGUAUUAAAAGAAAAUUGUAAAAAAAGAUGUCUUUGAAAAACAACUGUUAUCUGACUGUUUAUGGUGUAUUCAGAUCUGAAUUUGAUAAAAACUAAUUUAACAUCACUGCUUACAGCUGAAGCAAGUUCCCGUUUUUAUUGUGUCAGUUGUAAAAUGCUAUACAAUGGUAAUACUGGGAGAGAGACCCAAGAUAACAAAUAAAAAAUGUUAUUUUAAUUCCGAUGUCUGGUAGCUUUAUAGAAAUGUUUGUCUAAUGUUGGCAAAUCAGGAGACAAUAAUGUUUGAGAACAUUUAGCCUUGAAUAUAUUUGUCUUUGUUAAAAGAUUUCCUGAUGACUUUAAUCUUAAAGAUGAUCACCAACUCAACAUUUCAAAUCUUGAGACAGUGUCCUAUUUUUUUUUUAAAUGACUAAACUCUGAUUUUCACAUUUGACCACAAACAGACGUGGUGAUAAUCCUCCCGCAGCUGAUUACCUGUUAUUGGUCUCUUUCUCAGUGUUACCCUCUGCCAUAACUGCUACGCAAUCUCUUGGUAUUUUCUCUUUGAAACAGUUUCGGCCAAUCACGGUUCACUUUACUUUCUCGUAUUGGUUGCAAUAGUUUGUUGGUUGUAGAUUCUCCAUUUGUUUAUGAGCUGAACUCAUGUACGUUUAUCAGUGGAGCUCCACCAUAUUCAGUGCUCUUGCAGAAUAAAGAAAAUAUUUUGUUCAAAUACAAAAAAA